AUGCCUCGAACGAACUCAGAUUUACUGCAGAUCGAGGGAAUGACCUCGCGUAAAGUGGAACGAUAUGCGUCGAGAAUUAUGGAGAUUCUGAAGAAAUUUUGGCUUGAAAUUGACGCACGUGAGCAAAACGAAAUCCGACAGCAACUGAAUCAUAUGAAACAACAAAAUGAAGUGGUCGGAGGAUUCGCUCAGUUACCCACCCAACCGUCAACAUCAUCACUUGCCACUCAGUCGGGUGUCUCAAUUGCACCAUCAUUCGCCGUGUCAGGUCGAGGUCGUUUCGUGCCUCGAUUCAACUCUUCACGCCGAGGGCGUGGCGGUGUUUCAACAAAAAGCCCUAAAAAGAAGUCGUCACAAGCCUCGUAUGACCUCAUAAUGUUGUAUCGAUUGUUUACU